CAUAACUUUCACUUUCAAGCAUCACCAACCAUCUUUGAAUAUUUUUGAUUGAUGAAAACACUUGGUUUUAUAUGUAUUGCUUUGAAAUAUUUUAACGAAUAUUCACUGACGUCAUCAUGUUUCCGGCACUUCAUCUCAGUGCUACCGGCUUGUGUGAUCGUAACACCUCGAGGCUUUCUGUUGAAUCGGAUAGAAGUUUUUCCCAAACCGCUCUUCAAUCGUCACCACCUAGUCACCCAUCGCGAGAAAUGAGAGCCACGAUGACCAGCGUUUCAUUUGGAGCAAUCGGUGCCAAUCCCAUUCACCCAUUUCCUGGUAUUCCAUUCUGUGCUCCGAAUUUAGGUGGGUCAAAUGGGUUAAACCUGACGUCUCCAUUGUUCCAAUAUCCUGCCAGUCUUUAUGCUAGCCAAGCUGCCGACUUGAAGCAGAUCAGUCUCACUCAGUACCAAGCUAUGAAUCAAGCUACAAUUGCGGCUGAAAUAUCAAAGAUGAAGUCUCCUUUUAUUAACAGAAAUUAUCUUGAACUAGCCAUGUUGGUCUGCAAUACAUUCCGCGGCAAACUUUUCCCGUGUUCUCAUUGCCGGUACGUCACAGACAGGCGUAACAAUUUGAAAAGACACAUUUCUACGAUGCACCAAGCAUGUGAUAAGGUAUUGGAAUGUUGCGGGGUUAAGUUCAGUACCAAAGCAUCAUUGAGAGAGCAUAUCAUGAUUUUUCACCAUAAUGGUUAUUCCUGUCCAUUCUGUGGUAGACGAUUCUGUCGCAAGGCUCUUCUGAAGCGCCAUCUGUCGGUUCAUAGUGGCCAGAAGGAUUAUACCUGCCCACACUGUGACUACGCUACAAGCCAUAAAAGCAAUUUGGAGCGACACAAGAGAAUACACGAAAGAAUUAGAUUAGGAGAAGAUCUGGACAUCCCGGAAGGAUCGUAUGAAGGACUGCGGAAAUCACCAAUAACUGUUGAUACAAUGCCUGACACGACCAUGACAAGCGGAAAUGACGACAAAGAUGACUUUAUUGACAUGGAUGAAAACGAUUCUGAUGAUGAUAUCGAUGAUGACGCUUUCAUUGCUAAGCACCACCCCACUGCGUUAGCACCACCAAAAAACACACCAAAAGAACAUGCAAGAGUAGAAACAAUUACGUCAAGUACAGUAAUCAGCGAGGAUGAGAGCUCAGAGGCCAAGUCUUCUGAAAAUUGAAUUCAGCAACCAUAGACUAGUCAAAAAUAUAUGCAAAUCAAAAUCUCAAAUCAAAACAUAAAAAAUAGACUAUACAGUAAUGUCUGUUCCCACGAAAACCAUCUUAAAGCUUAUCGAAUGUUAAGAAAAUGAAAAUUCUAUAAAUGAUGAGUUUUAACAUUGUAUAUCUGAUCUAUUUCCUCCAUAAUCAGUUUCUAAUGAUAUUAUGUAAUUCAGUUCCACAACCACCUGUGUCAUUUCUGUAUCUCCCAUUGAAAUGUUACAUUCCCGUUUCAUUUUCCUUAUAAUCAAGAGUGCCAUUCCACAAUUUAAAUACUCGGUGAUGCAUUCCUCAAUGGUAUUAGUUGUUUAUAUUUUUAGUCCCAGAAUUUUACCAAAGGGUGUUUGACUAGCUACACAAAUUAGUUUAGUUAUUGAAUGUCACAAAAAUGAUAAUAGACUAUAAAAAAAAUCUUAUAAAUAUUAAAACUUUGAAUUAAGGUCAGAUCACAAAUUAUAUAGUUUGGUAUUUCAUUUAUUAAAUCGAGAAAGUCUGUGCUCAGAUAAAGAACAUUCAAGUUUAACUGAGAUGUAAACUCUUUUACGCAAAUGUCUUUGAAUUUUAGCUUAUGCUAAAUCAGUUAAAGAUGCAUUAUGUAAGAUUUAGAUAAAGAGCUGGUCGUUCUGGCUGUAAUAGUCAUAAUAUGGAUAAUGCAAAAUAAAUAUAUUGAAAAUUUCAUUCAAAUCACUGUAUUCCGGGCGAAGUUAUCAAUGUUUGAAGUUUUCAGUAAAUGUGCACUUUAUCCAGAUUUAAAAACUUUAUUGGAUGAAUUAAUGAAAUAUACCCUAUAAGUGUUAUGUUAAAUGUGUUAAAGCAUAAUGUUUUAAAAA